AUGAUCUCCCUCACGGAUCCAUGUCAAUGGCCUGGGGUACGUGGCAGAGCCAAUAUCAAUACAAACUUUCCCCAUUGUCUCCUUCACUUCUGGAACUGCGUCAAGACCUACGCUCCCAACCUUCAUCCGCGUGUCGUUUCGGAGCACGUCCUCUAUCCCGUAGACUACCUAGUAGACAGCAUUGGCAGAUCCGGUGGGAUAGGGUGGUACUCUCUGGGUCAGAGUACGCCUGUGGAUACUUUUGCAAUUUUGGAUCAGUCGUCGUGUCUUUUCUAUAACAACGUUUCAUCUGCAUCGCGCCCAUUUCAGAACAACCUGCCAGAUUUCAUCGGUAAUGGCUCAAUCUACCAACCCUUGAAUCUCUCGGAUGACUUCAAGAAAAAAUGGUCUCUUAUGGAUGGGCUAGACGAAGGCGCAUCUUCAGAGUGCGGUUGGACUCAUUUUGCAGAGGGGACUAUCGACGAGGGGUUAUGCAGCCCAGAUCUGAGAUCCCAGAUGUCGCGUUGGGCCAAGAUUCUUAGCAGUCCAGCCAAGACUCUUGGCUUGGCUUGGCCUCAACUUGGCUUCACUUGGCUGCACUCAGCUCCAAUUGCCUGGAUAUUCAACUUCAAGCUUGGCCUUAUGACCGAUAGAGGUGAAUCUGUCUUUGGGCAUAACCUCGGCGCGAGAUCGGGGCGGAUGACCCCCAAAAUGGCAAGUAUUGAGUUGCCAUUUUCAUGGCCAAAGGUCCUUUCUGGCGGAAUAUCCGUCAUCGCCAUCGGCGAAGACCGCGAUGAUAUUCCCGUCCGCCCACCCGCCCGCUACGCAACUUCCAUAAUUGAUCCAUGGUACAGUCAAGCGGACAUGGCCGCAAUCCUUCCUAACUUGCUUAGUCUUGGGUGUGGGACAGCCGCCCAUGCGUCUGAAUUGCCGGUUUCCCCGGCCUCUCUUGCGGCGCUGCAUCGGGCCCAUCCGCUUCCCCUUGUUGCCCACAUACCGAGAUCACCAGACUAUCCCGAUGUUAUCUGCUGUUUAACGGGCUCCUUUUUCAUUUGCUCAACGGCUUUCUGCCAGUUUGUAAUAUGCACGCUACCCACCCUCUGCCUUCCGCACCUCCUCGACAUGGAUCGAAUCCAGACUAGCCAGGUUCAUCGUGAACCGCCCACAUUUACGACCGGCGGAGACGUGCACUUUCAGACUUGCCAUUGUAAUCUCACCUUCUUGACGAAGGAAUUGCUCCGUUCGGGCUUAUCAGAGCCCUGUUAA